GAUAGAUAUGGCAACAUCUAUUCAUUCAGUCUGCUGCAAUUAGGAACAUAACCUAAAUUUCAGUUUCGAUUUUUUUCAAAAUGCAUUUAGUAAAUUAGAUAAAAUAUUCAAUUAAGAUAAUAAAAUUAUGAUUUACAGUAUGCAUGAAUAAUACACGGUGACGUGAGUGCUUCCUUUUUAUUCUAGGAACUACCAGUAUGGCGCUAAUACUGCAAUAUUUAGACGAUAUGCACGUCUUUAUGGACAAACAUGGAGACCCUAGAACGAAUCCCUGGUUCCUGAUGAGCUCGCCAUUACCUACGUUAAUAAUAUGCUUAAGCUAUGUAUAUCUAGUCAAGGUUUUAGGUCCAAGGUUUAUGCAAAAUAGAAAACCAUAUGAAUUAAAAAAUGUUUUAAUAGUAUACAACUUACUACAAGUAUUGUUCAGUGCAUGGUUGUUUUAUGAGAUCGGGGCAUCUGGCUGGUUCACAGGCAGGUAUAGCUAUCAGUGUCAACCAGUCGACCACUCCAAACAUCCACAAACAAUAAGGAUGGUACAUGCGUGUUGGUGGUAUUAUUUUUCAAAAUUCACCGAAUUCUUUGAUACGAUUUUCUUCGUGCUGAGAAAGAAAUUCGACCACGUGUCCACGUUGCACGUGAUCCACCACGGCGUGAUGCCCAUGUCCGUAUGGUUCGGAGUCAAGUUCACUCCGGGCGGACAUUCGACGUUCUUCGGUCUGCUGAACACAUUCGUGCACAUCAUCAUGUAUUCGUACUACAUGCUCGCCGCUAUGGGGCCGCAGAUGAGGCCUUACUUGUGGUGGAAGAAGUACUUAACGACGCUGCAGAUGGUCCAAUUCAUCGGUAUCAUGGUGCACGCGUUCCAGCUAUUGUUCAUAGAGUGCGACUACCCGCGCGCAUUCGUCUGGUGGAUAGGCAUGCACGCCGUCAUGUUCUUCUUCCUAUUCAAAGACUUCUACAACCAGUCCUAUUCUUCAAAGACUAAGGUCCGCGCCAAAUCUCCGCAGCCGGAGACGACGGAGAUAAAGGCAACAAGUGCAUACAAGAACGGCGCCGUGAAGAACGGCUUCAGCAACGGCCACGCGAACGGCGCGGGCGCGUUCGCACGCGCUCGUCCCGUGCCCGCCGGUAACUGACGCAGCGCUCGAGAACGCCGCGCGCCGCGAACAUUGUGCUCGCGAACGUCCCCGCCCCGCCCCUUCAGCAACGUGCGCGUUCGGCCCGUGCCCGCCGGCAACUGACGCGCCGCGAACACUGCAAUGGCGAACGCAUAGAGGUAUAAGAGUACGAGGAAUAGAGUGGGGAAGGCGGCUCUAAAAGUGUCCGUCUAGUAGAAAGAGAAAGAAGAUGAGAGACCGCUAGCUAUCUCUCUCU